CCCCAGAGUACUUCGUCUUGGCCUUCUAAUUAUCUCAUUUUCGCGGUUUCAUCCACCGUCUUUGCAGAUGAAGGAUAGAAGCCACUUUUUUUUGCGUAUGCGCGUUGUGGUUUUUGAGUGAGUUCAUCCAGGAGGUGUCCCUGUGUGCUAUGGCGUCCUCUGUCUUUUUGAGCGAACAGUGAGAAGGUGUCGACGAAUUGGCUUUCUUUGUUUAUUGUGGUCGGUGCUGUUUGCAGCGAUUGCGAGGUGGCGGGUUGUGAUGAUGAUGGUGAUGAUGCGCUGACUUACCACCGGUACUACAGACCUGUACGAAAGGCAGCGCCUUCUGUUUUAUUGCUUCCCUCUGUUCAACAUUUCCACCAUCAAAGACCAAAAUCUAGAAGACGUUUACUCAGUCACUCUAUUGCAAUCGCUUUCGAAGGUCGCUGUGCAUUAACGACCAGAAAAAAUGCAGAUGCAUUCAGUCGGCGUCGGUCGAGUCUGAUCGCUUCAAUCCUCGCAGUGACCGGAAGAACGAAGGAGGGGGGGCUUGGACUUGCGGGGAGCAGCUGCGAGGAGUGGGCAGUGACUGCACGGCUGCUUACCCGCCAGGACGCUGCACACUUCUGAGGUUUGUCGCUUGUACGCGGUCCCGGGAAGAAGUGUUUGAUACUCCGGCUUGCCGUGUUUCAUUACGUUGUAAUAGUUCCAAACCCGCCGACCAAGACGAACAACAAGAUGUCGCAGCGGCAGAUUCAUCCGGCCACGGGCAGCCAGAGCAUGGCACCGCGGAAAAGCAUGGUGGCCACGCCGUUGACAAACUUCGGCAGUAUUGGAGGACGUCGAAACUCGAAGGACAAUCUGGGCGUGAUCCCGAGCUUCAUCACAGACCAGGACCAAAGUUGGCAGCGCGCGUCCUCAGCUUCGGCGAAGGGCGGCGACCUUUUCCGUAUCGUGUGUAGUCCCUGUUGUUCACGGUCAGAAAAAGUCACAGCAUACCUGAAAAAUGUAAAACCCAGUCGUGGGAGGUGACUUAUAAUGAUACGCGGUUCGUCUACUUCGUCCUGCUGUAGUUCUAUGUCUCAGCGUAGUUGUGGGCAUCGGCCCUACUUGCUCCUAGGGAGAAAGCCGAGCUCUCGUCAGGACGAGAUGGAGCCAUCUUAUUGCGAUACCCUUAAUUUUCAAUUUCGAUUACAGCUCCCGGGGCGUGUGCAAGUACAACUACACGUAGCUCAUUUUUCAGUCUCGGGUAUACUAGCUGCACAUUCAUGUUCACAAAACAGCGAUGAGUUUACUUUUUACAACAAAUAUCAGCGGCGGGUGAGGGCUCCCCCGCACGAGACAGCAGCUUGAAGCGAAACAGUCGAGAAAGCCAACAAGAGCAGGCAGCUGUGUCACCGGCCCGCUCACACCGGCGGUCAAGCACAAUCGAGAGCAGUACCGGGGAGCAAUUAAUCGUCGCCCCCGAAGUACCAAAUGCAAGGGUGUCUGGGGCUGGAACAAGAGAGAAAUUUUGGCCCGUGCGUGUCAUGCAUCUUUUGGCUUACACACACAGACCGACGAGAGAGGUAUUGUUGAUCGACGCUCGUCGUCUGCAGAUAAAGCAUACAGGUUCUUCUUCUGUGCAAACCUCUUGAUGCAUGAUGCUUGUCUCGCAUGAGAAUUUUUCGAUCGCUGAGUGCGCGUCAACAAAUCAAUGGGGAGCUUUUGGCGCUCAACUAUGCAACACGAAUUUUGAAUUAUAAAAGGAGACUCAUCAGACAGAAGGUUCAGCAACUCAACAAAUACAAGUUUGCAUCUGUGUCCGAGAUCCAUCUGCGCCAGACAUAUUUGCAAUGCAUGUGAAGAGGAGACGUACGAGAUGCGGGGUCUGCUGAUCAACGUGUGCAUCUCCGUUCUCCUCGGCGUUCUUAUCGGGGUGUGCGGUGCGAUGUUUCACAACGCUGUGCACCUGAUGAAGGUGUUUUUUCGUGUCGUGCUAGGGUCGGCGAUGGUGGACGCGUUCGACUACGGACCCUACAUUUUCAUCCACAUGUGGUAAGAUACCAAUCUUGCUACUAUUUCUCAUUUUCAUCAUGCGUCGACACAUAAAAAUCGUCGCUCGCCGUCAGUUGUGUUUUUGUCUCUUUUCAUCAUAAAUAAAUUCGCGUCCUGUGGUGCUGUGCUGCUGUCACCCAUUGAUUUGGUGUCGUAUGUCAGAAUAUGCAGCACUCCCUACGUCGUUUUUCUACCUUGGGAGGCACCAGCACCAGCAGGACAAACCAUACGCAAGACAUUAAAUGAAGAAAAUGUUGCAGUCAAGUCGGAUGAUGUUAUCACGCAGGUUGGGAGCUACAGCUUGCUCGAUGGUUGUGUCCUUUAUCACAAGGCACAUGUGCCCCGAAUGCAUCGGAGGCGGGAUGGUCGCCACCAAAAUCUGCAUCUGUUUGUCUUGUAUGCAGUGCAAAUGCAAAAGUGUAAUUUGCUCGUGCAAAAAAUUGCAUAAAUUUGGGCUAUUUAGAUGAAAUUCAUGUGGGGCUUCGACUUGUAUCGCUGAUGCGGGACCAGGAUGUUAAUAUGAAAGAUGCAUGGAGGGUGCACGAAUUGGCACGAGCGCGUUACGUUUGCAAUGUAUAUCUUCUCCGAUCCAGCUGCAGAUUAUUGCUUACCGCUUUGUUGUACAAAAUUUUGCUUUUCGUUUUUUAGAUGUGCGUCAUGAUUUGUCGUGUAAUUGCUUAUAGUUAUGAUGUAGAUCAUGUGCCGGCGCCCGCACGGCCACUAGGUUAAAAUUUUGUUUCGUUCUGUUGUUGAGUUCUCUAAUAAAGUCUGUAAACAGCAGGACCUGUAGUGCUACAAUUUGUUUCGCGAACCAAAGCGAAAUCUUAUUGCGCAACAUCAACAGCUCUCCGCAAUUUACAUCGGGGGAGGAAGUCCUCUGGGUAUCGAAGCGCCAACGUUUCACCUGUCUGCCGCGCUUGCAAGCAACGCCAACAAAUUUAUUGAGCGGCUCGACAACACGAUUCUGAAUGCCGACACCAUGCCGCAAAUCGUUCUUAUCGGCUGCGUUGCGGGACUAAGUCAAGCCUUCAAUACGCCCAUCGGGAGCCUCCUGUUUGUCCUCGAAGAGUUCGACUUCGUCCGCCGCUCCCAUAUUACGUUUGUUAUGAUCGUCGCCUGUUCGGUCCCGGCAACGGCGGUGAGCUUGUACUUGAAAAAAGCCUUCGACCUCCACUCCAGCUUUCUGGCACUGCCGCCCCCGGAGAACCUCGCGAGUGACGGUAUAAAAAUUACUCAAGCUAGUCAUUGACAUUGUCUUUUUGUGAAUGCGAUUGUAAAGAAAAGAAAGAACGUGAUAAUUAAGUAUAUAUAUCCAGACACAGUAGAUCCGAUCCCGAUGGCGAACGUGUUGCGGCGCGCUGCCGCGCCGAAAAAAAUAGCUGCAGCGCCAGUGGUCCACUACGUCGAAGGACACCAGUAAAAGCAAAUCAAGCUCGAGCAAGUGCACGAGGACGAUCAUUUUCUUUCAUAAAGUUACCAACACAUUGAAAUUUAGUACGAAAAAUGCACUAAUAAACGCGACGACAAAUUGUAGAUGUCUCCCUCCUUCUCCUGUACCUCUACGCGGGUUUGAUUGGGGCGAUCACCAGCAUGUUUUCGGAGCUGUUUUCGACCCUGGUCUUGCGGUUCCGCAGCCGGUUCGCGACCUUUGUGUCCAGUUUUGAGGUUGAGGGCGAGGACGAGAGCGACCACCGAGUCGGGGAGGAGGAGAUGAGUUCCUUCCCGAUAUGCAUUGCAACCAUGUCUGGGUCUGGACGAAAACUACAACUUCUUGUGCCGCAACCUGUACUGAAACUAGUUGUGUUGCGCGGGUACUAGCAGAAGAUUCCCGUAAUUUUCAUUUCGACCAUGCUGAAGUGGUACAGUAUUUUUCAUGCGAUGAAAUAGGCAGUGGCAAUGCAGUUGCAAAGUCAUCAACAUAAUAUACAAAACCUGUGAUGUUGUGCCCUACAACAUUCCGGAUACCUUGGAGCACGAACAUGAUCCGAAAUCAGCAACAGCAUGACAAACUGCUGCACUCAUCAAGACGAGCCAGGCAUGUUUGCAAUUCAUACCCGACAACCACGAACAACAGCGACCCGAAAAGCACCAAGGCGAAUCAAGACCGGAGGUUGUCGCUGGACAGUGACGACAUGUUGGGAAAGAGCGACUCGGGCUGCUCGGGCUUUCCGCCUUCGUCCUCCGAUCCGCCGGGGUCCGAACCCCGCACCGUGAACCGGUUUUCCGGCGUGUCGAACAUGACGCCUCCGCCUAAUGCUUUUGGCGGGAACAACAGCGUCUCGGCCGCGAGCAGUCCCGGCGCCGGCGGGCAAACCGCUGGUGCCGCACCUGCAGGACCCACUUCCGCAGUGGUCGUUCCUGGGAUGGUCAACAAUGCUGGCGUAUUGACAUCUGGUCCUGUUCCUGGCGGAGGAGGUGGCCAGGGAGCGGGCGCCACACCCAGUGGCAGUUCCAACAAGCAAGACGUCAGCACCAGCAGUUCCCACGUCGAGCCGGACAAGGACAACUCAAGUUCCUCCAACGCCGACGGAGUUGGAAAUGGUGCUGGUGGAAGUUGUAUUAAUCACGUGUUUGCGAUGAACAACCAAGUUGUAGUUGUUCCUACUUCCACAGGACCACAGCCAGCGCACCAAAUGAACAACGCGAGCGCGGCUGGUGCUGGAGGCCCGAUAAUAAUACCAACGGUCCACCGAAACCCGAGCGGAAAUGCCUCCAGCAUAGACCCGGACGCCUUUAACCAGGGGUCGGGGGGCGCAGCGUCUCUGAGUUCUCUGUCCGCUUCGACGAGCGCGGGCAAGACAACCAGCAAGUCGAAGCCCGGACAAGCAGCAGGGUCACAGAUCAGUACGGUGUCGCCCACGGCGGCUGCGCAAGGUGGGCGUAUGACCAUGACAAACUUCAACCAGAACAACCCAAACGCGCCCUACGGUGGCGGCGCCGCGGCGCAGAUCUCGGGGCAGGCACUCGUGACCAGUAUUACCGGCCUCAAGAGGCGCUUUUUCUCUUUCGAGAAGAUUAAACUGAAGCGCACCGAGCGGGGCUACUUUCUCCUGAACGUACUCGCGGGCAGCGUGGUGGGCGUGUGCGGAAUUAUCGUGUACAAUGUUUCCCGUUCGCAAGCAAACAUCGCCUGCAACCAGUGGAAAAAGGAGUGCCCCGACUCGUGGGGCACAGGCGAGCAGUUGCUGGAGUAUCUCCACCGCAAGGCCCACCAGGCUGCCAAUCGCAACGAUGGCGGUGUAGUGAGAAGGAUGAGCAGGCGGGGCACGAACGCACAAACGGUUCUUGAGGAGCAGGGAGUUGUAGUAGAAGAAGAAAGGGCGGCGCAGCUGCGGCAGCUGCGCGCCGGAACUCCAUCCUCUAGGAUUUUUCCGGAGCAGACGCGCAGGAGGAGCAGAAAUCGACCUCCGAUACGCAGCUAUAGCGCAACAUCUACAUCGUCUACCUCUGCACAACACGGAGAAAAUCGUGAUCGUCCAAGUCGUGGACUGCAAGCUACUGGAAGAGCAGAGCUCCCUUCGUAUUUUUCCCCUUCGGAAGCCGAAAUACAAAGAGAGCCGCUGGGAGCUGCUCCUGCGUCUGCGCGGCCACUAAGUGGAAGUAGACCAUCGGCACAAGAAGAAAGCAACUUUUUUCCGAGGGCGGAAGAUUUCCAAGGUACUGGCAGGGCGCAUAGUUUGCACGAGGGUACUAGCUGGGCGAGCAUUGGUCGAAAACUUAUGCAGACCUCCGGCGAGACCAGAGAAACGGCGCCGCGCGCAAGCAUCGUCGAGAAUGAUCAACUUCAACCACGAAAACAAAAAACGACAUCGCCAAAGAACCUGCUGCACCGGUCAUCUCGAUUAUUGUCUAAAGGACCAGCUGAUGCUUCUUUUUCGUCAGCAGAUGUUGGCAAGAAGGUCGACAUAGGUAUUGAGGAAGAUGAUGAAGUAGGUACUGAGCAGCACCACAUCUUUGCCAGUGAUUCCUUUCGGACGUCCUCGUCUUCUAUCUAUCCCAGUGCGCCGCCGCGUUUCCGUGAGCGGAGCCAGAACCCGCCUCAUUUACUUCGCGAUGGGGAUGUAGAACAAGAAAAAAGGUUGAUGAUGUACAGCAGAUAUCAUCAUGAUUCUAGGCGAGGGCUUUUGACGAGCCCGGAGGACGAGGAACAAGAGGCGCUCUUCUCAUCAUCAACACCGGAGUACUUUUAUGAGCAGCACGACCACCUGGAGCCCCUUCAACAACUCCGAGCAUCACCACAAAGGCAGCUCGGUAGUAGCACAUUUGUUGACUACGGUGACAUUCCCAUUAGCAGCAUGGCGCUGACGUAUUUCGUGGUGGGGUUUCUGAAAAUGAUCGCGGUCGCGGUUUGCACAGCGGCUGGUGGCAGCGGUAUCCUGCGGAAAAAGUGUUCCACCGCCACGGUUAUUGCAUUGUGUUUGUGAUGAUGUUGUUGUUGGCCGGUUUUUUGCAUACCAAACCUGUCAUGCGCGCUUCCCAAGAAGUACGGGAUAUUAAACGGCUGAAAAAGCUGGCCUCUCUUGCAUUUCGAUUUCUGGCAACCGAAAAAGUUGUGAGUGUCGUGAUCUUGCAUGUUCAGUAUAAGGACGUGGCAAUGGAGCAGUUUUUCUCUUCGAUAAGCGGAGGUAUGUUCGCUCCCGCGAUGAUUAUGGGGGGCUACCUAUGCGGGCUAAAAGCGUACACUUCCUCCCGUAGCCAAAAUGGGGGCGUGGCCCACAAUUUGAGACGUUUUGGGUUUGGGAUUCACGCAGGCAUGACAGUUUCGGGGCCAUGCUGUACUCGUGGUUAGCUACAGGGCGGCAGCGUCCGCCUCAGUUGCAGUCGACUUUAUCAACACUCCGCGACGGAGCGUAACAAGGACAAAAUUGGAAGCCGCGGCUGAUAAAAAUUAGAAACUUGAUUAUUCAAAUACUACUCGUCGUCCUCAUAAUUUUGCGCGUGAGAAACCCAAACCAAGAAUAGCCUUUGCAUGCAGAUUUGCAGCUUCCUGAGACGAAGUAUGUACUUAAACUUAUGUUGAACUUGAAGCGGGGAGGAAGCUUUCGUUUUUAUAGAGCAUACUAAUUCGGCGGGGGCCUCGGUAGUCUUUUGAAGUGGAUAAGCGACGAGACAGACCCAGUAAAUGGGACCUACCUUCAGCUCUGCGUUUUAUUUGGCAUGGUGGGAUUCUUUUCUGCCUCGCACCGACUACCGCUGACUGGUACGAACGUACCCUCUCUCGUGUUUCUUGUCCGUUUCUGUUUCAAAUGCGAUCACGUUGUAGGAUUCGGGAAAAAAGAAUUUUACUUAAAAAUCCAAUUUGAUGAUCCUCCGACCAAGGAAGACGACGAGGAUCAGCUUGAUGCUUUCUUCGUCGUGUUUCCAUCUCAUUUUGAAAAAUCACAGGCUCACUGUGCAUUUACGAGCUAAUUGUGGCCUCGACCGACGAGGACAAAACCAUUGCUGGAAGCUUCAUCGUGUCGCGGCUGUUCUUUCCCAUGUUGGUGUGCUCCAUUGUCAGCUUCUGCCUCAGCAUUUACAUGCAUCCACAGGCCUUGUUGGAGCGGACGAUGGAGCAAGAUGGCCUGCAUGACCUGUGCUUUGGACCUGCCGCAGAUUCAGAUGACGACAGUUCUGUAUGCAUUACAGCCGUGUAGUCUGGGUCCCGAAGUUUGUGUUGAUGGAUGCUACUUUGAUGUGAAGGAUGAGCGCGUGGCUUCUGCAUUGCGCAGCCAAGCAUCCUCAGCAGGAGUUUUCGAGAGUCUAGGCCUUGUGGAAACUGCUGUGUUUUUUCAUGACAGAUAGAGAGUUGUGUCUCCCGGACAUCAACAUCAUGCGUGACAGAUCUUCUCAGCGUCGUACCGGAUAAUCAUGAAUGAUCUUGCUGGGCGCUUCCAUUAUCCAGAGACGCAGACCCAGUCCCAGACAAAUUUGCCAUGCAUAUUCCGAAGAGGAUGACGAUGACGACGAUGAGACCGACUCUGAUUCAGAGUCCACUUCCGAAGAAAAGACGCUGGACAAAGACAAAGAUGGUUUCAAGUUUGAUUUUUUUAGUACCUCUCCAAGAAAAAAAUGACUUUGAAGCGAUGCAAGCCUUUAUUUCAUUUUGCACCCUGGUUUUGAUGCCAUCCUAUUGGCUAUCGCUACGGUUAUGCUUUCGCGAGGACGAACACGUUGUAAUAAAUCAAAAAGGUGGGAGCGCGGAGUCCAACGGGAAGAAUGGCAGCGUAGCAGGAGACCAGGCAAGCAUCAUGAGUCUGGUGAGCAAGACUCUUCUCCCUCCCGAGCUGAUGGUGGCGGGGAAAUCACGGCGGCAAUCCGUGGACCUUGGUCAGGUGUUUCGAAAGCCACUCUAUGAGACCGGUUCUUUCGUUACCUCUAGUGCGACCCACAACAUGCAGAAAGACGGGAAGCGCCACAGCCUGAAAAAGCCAAAAAAAUCCAACCACUCCUCGAGCUCUCCGAACGCAGAGCAGAGUGCACCAUCGGCCGAGGAUGGAAGCUCGCAGCUAUUCUUUGAAAAUCAUAUAACCAUCCCAUGAUCUUCGUCUUCCACUUUCUGCGUGACAAAAGCCGACUCUGCUCCAUGAGUUUCAGGUUCGCAUGGGAAAUAAUUUGAUGGGGAUGUUGGCAUGUUGAUGUUGUUUAGCGUCACAAAUUGGAUGAGGAUGGUAAAUUUUCUGAGAAUACUCGCAAACGGGAACCAACAGCAGGAACAGUCGGAACAUGGAGGAUCCUGUGACGGGAAUGGAUCCCGGAUCCAUGAUUUCGCAACAUGCACUAGCGCAGGCACAGGCAGAAAAAGGUACUUAGUUCUAAAGGCACUACGUCCUCACGAACAACGAGGUUUAGAGUUGUUGACUCGACUUUUGUUCUUUCUGAGCUGUGGUCGACAGGUCGUCCUCAUGCGAUUAAUACCUUGUAGCUCUCUGUCGUAGUCAUGGACGAGGACGACACCUAGCUUACGUCGCACAGCGAUUUGCUUCUUCAUCUUCCUGUUCUGGCACUCCUUUACUGACAUGACAGACCGGCUGAAGAUCCGGCGGGCGAGCCAUCCACCAACGGCGUCUGCAGUCAACACUAACGCGCGGAUUGUGGAGUUCUAUCAGCGGAAUUCGCAAGAUUUGCGGAAGGAGUUCGAAGCCCUCCGGCAAGCUACUGCAACGCCGUCUAGCUCGACGAGCAAGCGCAGUUUCGUGCCCUUGCAGAUUUUACAACAGCGAAGGCCCUCGGCGCCGGACGCAUCUAGUAUUUCCGCGCGGCGCGCCGAUAGCAAGGAGGCUCCGGACCGCAUUCAGAACGUGAUACGCAGUGGCGGGGGCACCGGCGAUGCGGGUGGUGAUAGCCCCCCCCUGGUCCACCGCGAACUGAGCAUAGGCGCCGGCAGUGAGGACGUGUUUCGGGCCCGGCUGGCGUCUGCGGCUGGAAGCAACUUGUCGUCGGAUUACAACACCAGCACCGAAGGGAACCUGAGCGGCGUAACCGGCACCUCGAGCAUGCUGAUCAGUAGAGGGGGCAUUCUCCCCGCCGGCUCCCCGAGCGUGUGUGCUGUCACGACCUCAGCAUCCUCGCAAAGUGCGGGCUAUGCCUUGCAAAAUUAUCGCGCUAGAGCUACUAUGAAUUGCAUAGACAUACACACGUUCACAUGAUUUUUCCGAAACAAUGCAACUUGUGGCGCCGAGUUCCUGUCGGCCAUACCCAUAGAUCAUCUGUCAUGAUGCAUCACUGCGGCCAGCAGCACUGCAAUUAGUACGAGUGCGAUGCUUUUGCAGGGCAUACGGGCAUGGCAGGCGCGGGGGCAGGCGCAGCCAAUGCCGCCGCGAACAGCAAGCGAGCGACGAAGCGAAACACGAAAGUUUCCUCGACUAGCACUCUGCGAAUUCUCGAGAACGCAAUGAAGCGGCGGGGCAACGCGGCCGACACCGCGUCUUCCUUGUCAUCCAUGGGCAGCAGUGCGGAAAGCAACGCCCUCGGCUAUCCACACGAAAGCUGCUCCUUUUUUACCCCAGACCGAGGAAGUGUCUGCAUUGCAAACCAUCUCAAUGUUGUAAUUGGAGCACUGCACCACAAAAUCCAGGUGCAGAGUAUCGCCUGGCCGUGUUGCAAAUCGUGUUCUCGAUGUCGAUCAGGAACUACGCUUUGAGUCCUUUAAUUUGGGAAAGGAAACUUUGCAUGGCCAUCGGAACAAAUUUCCACUCGUGGGACGCGGGGCACUUUUCAGCAUAAUACUGGCCAGGGCGCCGCGAUGGUAGUGGGCAGUGGGGGUCCGAUACGAGAUUGCACAACUACUUUCCCUCCGCCUCAUUUUUUGUAAAAUGAAAAAUACAAAGCCCAAUACUUAUUCACUAUGUAGCCGCUCGCAUAAUCGAUUGACAAGCUCCGGAGAGGGCUGACACAGCACUGAAAGGACACAGUGCAAACCUAUCGUGCAGCAAAAAGACGCAUCGCUGUCCACGCUACUUUUCUUGCAGUGCAUGCUCCGCGUCCACCCAAAGCGAUGAGGGGGAGGGAACAAGGUGUGCACUCUGAUACGCGGGGACGCUCGGGUCUAACGUACCGCGACCCAGUGCCAUGAUCGGGCGCGGGCGGUCCGGUAGCAUUUCGACCACACCCGGGCAGCUCUGGAAGGACCUCCGGGAGUCUCGGGCGGAGCGCGAUCGGUCCGUCCACCUCGCGGCGACGUUGGAAGAGGAGAGCAAUGUCAACAGUUGGGAAAUGCUCUCAAACCUGGGGACGAACCUGUAUGGAUUACAAAUAUGUCUGGGUCUGGAAGAAUGGAACUUGUAAUGCUGUGUGCGGAUUCUAGAAAUAUCUGUGUUGCAUGAGCAGCAAGAGGAGUCCAGUUCCUAGCACGCGGAGAGGGCAUUUCUCAUGCGCAAUUAGCAUCAAGAAGCUCUCAAAAAAUCUGUAAUGCUAGCGCCAGCAUCACAGACCUCGCGGGUCAUGCAAAAUGUGCAUGACAUUGACAAGCCUCGACUCUUCCAGACCCAGACAUUUUUGGAGUUGAUAACCUGUCGCAGAGGUCCAUUGUCGGGGGCCCGAAGCAUUCCAUGUCCAUGGUGUCCAUCGGGUCCAACGCACCGCUCGGAAUCCACCCCGAAAUAGUCUAUCCGUCCGCGGUACCGGAAGAAGACGAAAAGGAAAGCAAAUAA